GACUCCACCCCUUCACACCUGCUUUCCUGCAGGAUUUAAACUGAAGCACCCACAGGGUCUGCUGUACACUUCACACCACCACAGAACACAUCCAAUCCAGCAAGUCUAAGAGGGACAACAUGUCGAAUAUAGCGAAUAGCCUGGCCAGAAGGAAAACCAGGGAGGACGAAGGGAUAGGCAGCAAUGACAAGGCCAUACCCUUCAACAAGCAGGAUUAUGAAAGUCUGAGAAGAGACUGUUUGAAGAGUGGGACCCUGUUCAAUGACCCAACCUUCCCAGCUGACUGGAACUCUCUCGGUUACAAUGAGUUGGGACGCUACUCCUCCAAAACAAAGGGUGUGGUGUGGAAAAGACCCACGGAAUUGUUGUCAAGCCCUCAGUUCAUUGUUGAUGGAGCCCAGAGAACUGAUAUCUGUCAAGGAGCUCUAGGUGACUGUUGGUUACUGGCUGCCAUUGCUUCUUUGACCCUGGAUAAGGAAAUCCUCGCUCGAGUUGUUCCUCCCGGGCAGAGCUUUACUGAGAACUAUGCAGGGAUCUUUCACUUCCAGUUUUGGCAGUUUGGAGAAUGGGUGGAUGUUGUCAUUGAUGACAGGCUGCCCACUAGAGAGGACAAGCUCCUUUUCGUCCACUCUGCCGAGGGGACGGAGUUCUGGAGUGCCCUGCUGGAGAAGGCCUACGCCAAAGUAAACAGCUCAUAUGAGGCCUUGUCUGGUGGUUCCACUAACGAAGGCUUUGAAGACUUCACCGGAGGCAUUGCUGAGACCUACAACCUGGGCAAAGCCCCACCCUACCUAUUUAAAAUAAUCCAGAAAGCUCUUGGGCUGGGUUCCCUCUUGGGCUGCUCAAUUGAUGCAAGUCUACUUCACUACUAAAACUACCUGUGUGCCCACUCAAGAUCAGGGUUGUAAUAUCAGCAGUAGACAUUUUGGUUCUGUUCUUGCCUACUGUUGCCUACUAUAACAAGUGCAUCCGAGACUGAGGCUGUUACUCGUCAGAAGUUGGUGAAAGGCCAUGCAUACUCCAUCACUGCAGCGGAAGAGGUCCACCUGCAUGGUACACCGGUGCAGCUGGUUCGAAUCCGUAACCCCUGGGGUCAGGUUGAGUGGACCGGUCCCUGGAGUGAUAACUCUAGAGAAUGGGAUGGGGUACGGCCAGAGGAAAAGGCAAGAUUAGAUUACUCUGCUGAGGAUGGAGAGUUUUGGAUGUCAUUAUCUGACUUACAGCUGCAGUACUCAAAGCUGGAGAUCUGCAACCUAACACCUGACACACUAACGAGUGAUGAGGUGGCUCGCUGGAACCACUGCCAGUUUGACGGCGUGUGGAGAGUGGGCUCCACAGCUGGGGGGUGCAGGAACAAUGCAGCCACAUUCUGCUCCAACCUUCAGUUUGUCAUCAAGUUGGAGGAUGUGGACGAGGACCCUAAUGAUGGCGAGGAUGGUUGCACCUUCCUGGUGGGUCUGAUGCAGAAAGAUGGACGCACAGAGCGUAGAUUUGGCCGAGACCUCAACACCAUUGGCUUUGCUAUUUACCAGGUCCCAGAUGAGUAUAAGGGCCGUUCCAACAUUCACCUGGGCCCGGACGUGCUUCUGAGACAGCGGCCUGUGGCCAUGAGUAGCACCUUCAUCAACCUUAGGGAGAUCUGCGGACGAUUCAAGCUGCCCCCGGGGGAGUACGUUAUCAUUCCAUCCACCUUUGAGCCACACCGCAAGGGCAGUUUCAUCCUCCGUGUGUUUUCUGAGAAGCAGGCUGCCACCAGUCCAAUGGAAGAGGAUAUCAGUGUUGAGGUUGAGGAGCAUAAAAUCACAGAGAGUGAUGUGGAUCCUCACUUCAAACAUCUUUUCAUGCAAAUUGCUGGAAACGAUGCCGAGAUUUCUGUCUUUGAGCUUCAACAGAUUUUGAACAAAGUAAUCACCCACAGAUCUGAUGUGAAAACUGAUGGGUUCAGCCUUGAGACCUGCCGGCACAUUAUCAGCCUCUUUGAUAUGGAUGGUUCUCAUAAAUUGGGCUUGGUUGAGUUUCAUGCUCUGUGGACAAAGAUUCAGAAGUACCUGGAAAUCUUCAAAAGUGUUGACACAGACAAUUCUGGCACCAUGAGCACCCAUGAGAUGAGGGGGGCAUUGACUGUGGCGGGAUUUCAGGUCAAUAGUGAUGUGAUCCAGGUUAUAGUGUCCCGCUAUGCUAAUGCUGAGUAUGCCAUUGACUUUGACUGCUUUGUGGGCUGCCUGAUACGACUGGAAAUGCUGUACAAAAUGUUCAAAACACUUGACACAAAUGGUAGUGGGAAGAUUGAGCUGAAUAUACUUCAUUGGCUUUGUCUGGCUCUCAACUGAAGUUCUAGAGAACAUCAUCAAUGGGCGGAGACAGGCACUAAAGAAGGAGGACAUUCAAAUCAAUGGAAUGGAAUUCCAUAUUAUCCUGCUUUUGCGACAUUUAAUUUUUAUAACAAUACAGAUGCUUGACUGAAUCAUAUAGGUACAUAGAGUCGUAGUAGAUGUUAGAUGUUUGUCCUUAAAAGUAUUGUACUGUACUAUCCAUAGAUUGUUGUUCAUGUCUACAUUUCUUGAGAGUACUAUAUAUCAUUGUCGAACGCCCCUGAAGGAGCAUUCGUUUUGAUGGACUUUGGAGAAACAAUAAAAAAAAAAAAAAAAAUGAAUAAUGCUUAAUAAUGAAAAGUGUGCGUUUUGGCAAAUGUGUUUGACUUUGUGCAUACGUAUAUCCAAGUUGUGCAUUAAAAAGUUGUAGAUGCUUGCAUACAUAUAUAAAGGUUUUGCAAUUUUAAGUUUGGUGUUUUUAAGAGGAGUUUUGACCUCUAACAUACGCAUGUGUUUUAUUAGAAAGAAUGUGCAUUGGCAAAUGUUUUUUAAGAAAGUGCUUGCAUAAUAUUUUAAAGAGUGUUAAGAAAUAGCUGGAAAAUGUUUUAGAACCUUUUUUACCUUUUUUGAAUUUAAAAAAAAACUUUGUAGAUGUGCAUCUUAAAAUAGAUAUGUAGUAUUGCUAAUGUGUAAAAGUUUAAGACAGAGUGUUUCAGUAUGAUAAAUGCAGAGGAUGUGGUUAGGAAAUGCUUGAAUAGAUGGAACCACAUUUAACUUUUUGGAGAAUACAGGAAACGUGUAGACCGAUACCUGCGUCAAAGUCUAGACAGGGCCAUCACGUGUUAAAAGAAAUAAGAAUGAAAGUUGGGGGUAGAGAGAAAGCUUUUUGAGAGUUGUACUUCGUGAGUCGAGUAGUCGAGGUUGUUAGUUCCUGAGCCUGUUUUUCUGUAGAGUGUCCGCCUGUGCCUAUUUUAGCAAAGAGUUUUCUUUUCUGUCAGUUGUGCUGCUGUUUUACUAGUGACCCAGGGUCCGCGUUUUCCUAUUUCUUUUGUCGUGCCUUAAUCAAGGAGGCUUUAGCUUACCUUUUUCUUUUCCUUUUUUACACUUUUGUAUCUGUUCCAAUAAUCUGCCAAUAAAAAUUUGAAAAGACA